AUUUAUAAAUAUAUAUUUAGUUAAUAACCUCGGAGAAUGCCAUGUGAACACAUAAAGACAACUUUGCUCGGUUAGCUAAAAUAUUGUGCCGCUUAGUGGCAGUCGCGUUCCCCGGUCACCUUUCAGGGGCCAAAUCGAUUUUUAAUUUUCGUGUUCCAGUGCUUUACACAUUCGCUCCCGUACCUUGAACCAAAAAUUACCCGCGAAUUAAAAUCAAUUGCAUUAAUAAUGGAAAAGAGCGACCACAUAGCACUGACACUUUCCUCGGCCUCCAUAGCGAACAUAACAGGUGGUACUGGGAACGAUGAGAGCAAUCUUGCAGGCUCGGGUUUCACGCGCAAAAGUCUGCGGCGGUCAUGGAAUCAGCUACCCCGGUGUCAGCGGAAUCUCAUUUUGCUGGCCAUAACAGCAUUUUGCCUGACGAUUUUGCUCUACCUGCCUGGUGACCAAUUGAUAGCGGCCAGUGAAAAAGAUAUGCAAGAGAAGGCUGGUCUUCCCUUCCUGAAUCGGCACGAAAGCACACUACAGAGUCUUCAAUCUAACGGCGAUAACAAAGAAGUGUCAGCCAAUGAAAUUAAAGCGGAAUCACUUCUAAAUGAAAUCGACGCCAAAGAUAAGUUGGACGAUAAAGUCGAAAUGGAAAAUGUUGUCAAAAUGCCAGAGACGGCGCUAGCGGAUGUACACCAUGAUAAGGCCGUCAACCUGAUAGACAUUUUGUAUAAUGGGGAGGAGCCUAUUGGAUUGCCCGCUACUUCUCAGGUUCCGCUUUCGGAGCGUGCUCAGCUAGAGGAUGCCAUUAACAAUCCCUACAAUUUGGCGGGUGUUAGCAUCGAGGAACACCUAAAGAAUAUCGCACCACAUUUGGCCAAGAAGCAACAUUUUAGUGGCCCAACCAAUGAACGACAAUCGGCUGUGGUGGCCGCCUUUAAACAUUCCUGGGCAGGCUACAAAAAGUACGCCUGGGGACACGAUAAUCUUAAACCCAUAUCACAGACCUCACACGAGUGGUUUGGCCUGGGUCUGACAAUUGUGGACUCGCUUGACACAAUGUACAUAAUGGGUUUGGAGGAGGAGUUUAAUGAGGCACGUGAUUGGGUCAAUAAGUCUCUCACAUUCCGGGCUAAGCGAGAUGUUAAUCUAUUUGAAGUGACAAUACGGGUCCUGGGAGGUCUACUGUCUGCCUAUCAUUUAAGCGGCGACAAGAUGUUUCUGGGCAAAGCGGCCGAGCUUGGAAAUCGCUUACUGCCGAGCUUUUUAUCGCCAUCGGGCAUUCCCUAUUCCGAUGUAAAUCUGGGCGAUUUAUCGGCACACGCGCCAAAAUGGUCGCCAGAUAGUUCAACUAGUGAAGUAGCCACCAUUCAACUUGAGUUUCGUGAUCUCAGUCGCUCUACAAAUGUUCCUAUUUAUGAGACUAUGGUGUCUGAAGUAAGCAAAAAAUUGCAUGCGCUUGACAAAAAUCAUGGCCUGGUGCCAAUAUUCAUAAAUGCGAACACAGGCACAUUUACAUUAAGUAAUUAUGCAACAAUUUCGUUAGGCGCACGUGGCGAUUCGUACUACGAAUAUUUGCUUAAGCAAUGGAUCCAAACAGGGCGAAAAGACAACGACAACCUCAUCUUAGAUUAUAUGCAGGCCAUGGACGGAGUGCUGACAAAACUCAUGCGUCGUACUCCCAAAGAACAUUGGGUCUAUGUUGGCGAGCUGAUAAAUGGAAAAGAUUUUAAACCAAAAAUGGAUCAUCUUACCUGCUAUUUGCCGGGAACACUGCUGCUGGGCCAUCAAAAUGGCAUGCCCGAUUCGCAUUUGAUACUCGCCAAGGAUCUGCUGGAAACCUGCUAUCAGACUUACAUGAAACAACCCACUCAGCUGGCGCCAGAGAUUUCAUAUUUUGCGCUACCGAGUAAAGAUGAACCAGACAUUUAUGUGAAGCCCAAUGAUGCGCACAACCUACUUCGACCGGAAUUCAUUGAGAGUCUUUAUUAUUUCUAUGCAAUAACUGGCAAUCGCACAUACCAGGACAUGGGGUGGACCAUUUUCCAGGCGUUCGAAACACAUGCAAAAGUUUCUGCCGGUUAUACAUCCAUCGGAAAUGUGAAGAACACAUUAAAUACGCGAUUGCGCGAUUUAAUGGAAAGUUUCUGGCUAAGUGAGACCUUAAAGUAUUUCUAUUUGCUCUUCAGUGACAAUCGGAAGGAGAUCGACUUGGAGCAGUGGGUCUUCAAUUCGGAGGCUCAUCCACUGCCAGUGCGUGAGCACUAAUUGUAAAUACGUAAAUAUAAUUUUACGAUAUUAUUGCCUAAGCUUAGAGACUAGUUUAGGAAAAUGUGCAAAUGUGCUGUGCAUGUAAAAAACAACAACAAUUACAGAAAUCUCAAGAUUUGUUGGUAAUGUA